AUGGCUAACGUACGAAUAUGUCUGUGCGGUGACGAUGGCGUCGGCAAGAGCUCCAUCAUCACGUCUCUCAUCAAGGAUGUCUUUGUCACAGCAAAGAUCCAGCCGGUACUGCCACAGGUGACAUUGCCUCCUACGCUCGGCACGCCCGACAAUGUCACCACCACCAUUGUCGACACCUCGGCCCUCCCCCACGAACGCCAUGCUCUCCGCAUGGAACUCCGCAAGUCCAAUGUCAUCCUCCUGGUAUACUCGGACCACUACAGCUAUGAGAGGGUCGCCCUCUUCUGGAUGCCCUACUUCCGCUCACUGGGUGUCAACGUACCUGUAGUGCUAUGCGCCAACAAGUCGGACCUGGCCUCCAACGGCACAACGUCGCAGGUCGUCUCGGAGGAGAUGCUGCCGGUCAUGAACGAGUUCAAGGAGAUUGACUCGUGCAUACGGGUCAGCGCCAAAGAGCACCACAACAUCAACGAGGUCUUCUUCCUCUGCCAAAAGGCCGUCACACACCCGAUAGCGCCUCUGUACGACUCCAAGGAGAACAUGCUCAAGCCCGCGGCCGUGUCUGCGCUGCAACGUGUUUUCCACUUGUGCGACACUGACAAGGAUGGCUACUGGAACGACCAGGAGAUCCACGAUUUCCAGAUCAAGUGCUUUGAGAAACCGUUGGGCGAUGACGACCUGGCAAACAUCAAAAAAUCCAUGGAACGAUUUGCGCCUGGUGCAACGGGCGAGUACGGCAUGGACGAGAAGGGAUUUCUGCUGUUGAACAAGAUCUUUGCUGAAAAGGGGCGCCACGAGACAAUAUGGAUUAUCCUGAGAAAGUUUCACUACACUGACAGUCUGAGUUUGCAAGAUGAUUUCCUCCAUCCCAAGUUCGAGGUCCCCCAGUUUUCCUCGGCCGAACUGAGUCCUUCCGGAUACCGCUUCUUUGUUGAUCUGUUUCUCAAGUUCGACAUGGACAAUGAUGGCGGGCUUAAUGACCGCGAGCUUGCAAAUCUGUUUGCGCCCACACCGGGCAUGCCGACCUCGUGGGUUGACUCUGCGUUCCCGUCGUGCACUGUGCGGAACGAGGCAGGUUACAUUACAUUACAAGGAUGGCUAGCCCAAUGGAGCAUGACCACAUUCGAGGAGCCCAAGACGACGUUGGCAUACCUCGCAUAUCUAGGUUUUGAAAGUGGCGAGCGUGGAGGCACCACUAGCGCACUCAAAGUGACCAAAGCUAGGAAGCGGCGAAAGAAGCCUGGGCGAGUCGAGCGCAACGUGUUUUUAUGCUAUGUGCUGGGAUCAAGUGGAAGCGGAAAGAGCUCACUCCUCUCUGCUUUCCUCCAACGGCCAUUCAGCCAGACAUACCACCCCACGAUCAAGCCCCGGUCGGCCGUCAACAGCGUGGAGCUCAAAGGCGGCAAGCAAUGUUACCUCAUCCUGGAAGAGCUGGGGGAGCUGGAACCGGCCAUUUUGGAGAAUCAGGCCAAGCUGGAUGCGUGCGACUUGUUGUGUUACACGUACGAUUCAAGCGACCCGACGAGCUUUGCGCACAUUGUCGAGCUGCGAAAAAAGUAUCCUCACUUGGACCAGCUUCCAGCAGUGUAUACGGCACUCAAGGCUGACCAAGACAAGACGAUGCAGCGGUGCGAGCAACAGCCGGACGAGUACACGAGUGGGCUGAGAAUGUCACCGCCGCUACAUGUCAGCGCCAAGUGGAAUAGUAUCUCUGAGCUGUUUGUUCACCUAGCUGAGAGUGCGACACACCCGUCGACUGCAUUUCCCAAACAGGAGGAAGACGAGUACGACUACUUGAAUCUUUCUUUGGCACUAGGGGCUGUUACCUGCGCGGUUGCGUCUGCCAUUUUUGUCUGGAAGCGACAUAGCAAUUCUUGA